AUGAGCUCUCUCAAGUUUGUGGUGUCCUCCUUGGACGCCAUUGCGACCUCCAAAGAUGCGCAACGCAAUAAGCAGCUCGCCGAAUCCGCAAAAAAGGCACUGGAUGCCAUCAAAGAACAAGAGCAGCUUCCAGACCCCGAAAUAGUCUUUGCUCCUUUGCAACUGGCCACAAAAUCCAACAACUCCCAGUUGACCACAACCGCUCUCGAUUGCAUAGGCAAACUCAUUUCCUAUUCGUAUUUCUCAAUACCAAACAAAGAGGACGAUGCGGAUGACGAAAAUAAAAAUAGCGCGGAGCAACUACCGCCCUUGAUCGAGCGAGCUAUUGAUACGAUUUGCGACUGUUUUCAGGGCGAGACCACGGCUGUGGAGAUUCAGCUGCAGAUUGUCAAGUCACUAUUGGCAGCCGUUCUUAACGACAAGAUUGUUGUGCACGGCGCUGGUCUACUGAAGGCAGUCCGGCAGGUCUACAACGUGUUUCUUUUAUCGAGGAGUACUGCAAAUCAGCAAGUAGCCCAAGGUACCUUGACGCAGAUGGUCGGCACCGUCUUUGAACGUGUCAAGACUAGACUGCACAUGAAGGAAUCGAGAUUGAGCCUGAGUAAUCUCAAGCACAGCUCUAGCAAUAUUACGUUUGAUCCCAACGACCCGGCAAACAGCACACAUAUUGGUACAGACGGGGAUGAGUCGCCUGCAGCACAGUCAGACCCAAAUACCCCAACACAGUCUAACGGUGGUGCCAAGCUUACGUUAAAGGAUCUCGAGCACCGAAAGAGUUUUGAUGAUUCUACCCUUGGUGAUGGGCCAACCAUGGUUACGAGGCUGAAGCCGACAGGCAAAGACGAUCCAUCAAGCCCUGACCCGUCUGGCGCCGAUGGGUCGACUCAGGAUGACAUGGAUGCUCUGGAUGCCGAGGACGAGGUAUAUAUUCGGGAUGCGUACCUUGUAUUUCGGUCAUUUUGCAACUUGUCAACCAAGGUACUACCCCCUGAUCAGCUGUAUGAUCUUCGUGGACAGCCCAUGCGAUCAAAGCUUGUUUCUCUGCAUCUCAUCCACACCCUACUCAACAACAAUAUUACCGUAUUCACAUCGCCUUUGUGUACGAUCAAAAACUCCAAGAACAAUGAGCCAACAUCUUUUCUGCAAGCCAUCAAAUUUUACCUUUGCCUCAGCAUUACGCGCAACGGUGCAAGCUCAGUAGACCGCAUUUUCGAAGUUUGCUCCGAGAUCUUCUGGUUGAUGCUCAAGUUCAUGAGACCAUCAUUCAAGAAAGAAAUUGAGGUGUUUCUUAACGAGAUCUAUUUGGCCCUCUUAUCUCGACGCAACGCUCCCGUGUCUCAAAAGCUCUACUUUGUAACAAUACUCAACCGAUUGUGUGCAGACCCUAGGGCACUAGUUGAGACGUAUCUCAACUAUGAUUGCGACCAAACCGUGGACAACAUCUUUCAAACCAUGGUCGAAGAUCUCUCCAAAUUUGCUACCACACCGCUCACAAUUACAACGCUCAAUGAGCAGGUAUAUGAGGAACUGAGAGCCAAGACCCAACCAGCCAGCGAGUGGCAGCUGAAAGGCAUCCUUCCGCCCCCAUUGACGGUGGCUCAAAUUAUCCCAUCGCAGGAAAAUGAGCCAGACUACCCGAAGGAGUAUGCUAUGAAACGGUUGUCCUUGGAGGCUCUGGUGGAAACCCUCAGAUCCCUCGUUAACUGGUCGGCAUCAGUACGUUCUGAUGGCGGGGAUAUGCUUCGACCAGAUGGAGAUACCAAAGCAUCCCUUGACGAGUUGCGACCCUCUAUUGACCCCACGCUGAGUGAUAGCGCAUCACGACUCGAGACACCGUUGCCACCAUCUACUCCUGUUGUGGACGACGACCCAGAUCAGCUUGAGAAAGAGAAAGCACGUAAAACUGCGCUGAUGAAUGCAAUCAGACAGUUUAAUUUUAAACCCAAGAAAGGUGUCAAACUUUUGUUACGAGACGGCUUUAUCAGCAGCGACAACCCGGCAGAUAUUGCCGAAUUUCUCCUAAAGGAGGAUAAGCUUGACAAGGCUCAGAUUGGCGAGUAUUUAGGAGAAGGUGACCAGCAGAAUAUUGACAUCAUGCACGCUUUCGUUGAUGCAAUGGACUUCACCAAGAAACGCUUCGUCGACGCGCUGCGACAGUUUUUACAAUCUUUUCGACUGCCUGGUGAAGCCCAAAAGAUUGACCGAUUCAUGUUAAAGUUCGCCGAACGUUAUGUCAUGGGAAAUCCUAAUGCCUUCGCCAAUGCGGAUACGGCUUAUGUUCUUGCCUAUUCAGUUAUCAUGCUGAACACCGACCAACACAGUAGCAAAAUUGCCAAACGCAUGAGCAAGGAGGAGUUUAUAAAAAACAACCGUGGUAUUAACGAUAAUGCCGAUCUUCCCGACGAGUAUUUGCUGGGGAUUUAUGAUGAGAUCGCAAGUAAUGAAAUUGUGCUCACAAGCGAACGUGAAGCAGCGGCAGCAGCAGGUACACCAGCAGCUAACCCUGCAGGUGGCCUUGCGGCCGGCAUUGGCCAGGCCUUCUCCAAUGUUGGUCGAGACUUGCAGCGUGAGGCCUAUGUCCAACAGUCUGAGGAGAUUUCGCUACGCUCAGAGCAGCUGUUCAAGAAUCUCUUCAAGAGCCAGCGUCGAAACACCGCGAAGACAGGCCCCAGGUUCAUCCCUGCAACAUCUUUCAAACAUGUUGGAUCAAUGUUUGAUGUAACAUGGAUGUCCUUUUUCUCGGCGCUAUCGAGUCAAAUUCAAAAAUCCCACAACAUUGAGGUCAAUAAACUUUGCUUGGAAGGGAUGAAACUUGCAACUCGAAUCGCAUGCCUUUUCGAACUUUCGACGCCGAGAGAAGCAUUCAUUUCCGCUCUACGGAAUACCACAAAUCUCAACAACCCCCAGGAUAUGCAGGCAAAAAAUAUAGAGGCUCUCAAGGUUAUUUUGGACCUUGGGCAGACUGAGGGAAAUUUGUUGAGGGAAUCAUGGAAGGACAUCCUCAUGUGUAUCAGCCAACUUGACCGACUACAACUUAUCACCGGAGGUGUCGAUGAAAGCACUAUUCCUGAUGUUUCCCAAGCUCGAUUCAUACCACCGUCACGGACGGACACGUCGGAUUCGCGAUCGUCAACUCAGUCAAGACAGCGGCCAAGACAAAGGUCUGGGACGGGCCCAAGAGGGUUUUCUCAUGAGAUUGCCUUGGAGAGUCGUUCGGACGAUUUCAUUCGCAGUGUUGAUCGAAUCUUCACCAACACUGCAAAUCUCUCUGGCGAUGCUAUGGUGCAAUUCGCCAAAGCACUUACAGAGGUGAGCUGGGACGAGAUCAAGGUGUCCGGCUCCAACGAGUCACCCAGAACAUACAGUUUGCAGAAAAUCGUGGAAAUCAGUUAUUACAACAUGAACCGUGUUCGAUUUGAAUGGAGUAAUAUCUGGGAUGUUCUUGGAGAACACUUUAACCAGGUUGGAUGCCACAACAAUAUGAACAUUGUUUUCUUUGCUUUGGAUUCGCUUCGCCAACUCUCUAUGAGAUUUAUGGAAAUUGAGGAACUGGCAGGCUUCAAGUUUCAAAAGGACUUUUUGAAACCAUUCGAACAUGUGCUUGCCAACUCCCACAACGUCACCGUCAAAGACCUGGUUCUACGGUGCCUCAUCCAGAUGAUCCAAGCGCGAGGGGAUAAUAUUCGAUCUGGGUGGAGAACCAUGUUUGGGGUGUUUACAGUGGCCGCCAGAGAGCCUCAUGAAAGCAUCGUGAAUCUUGCCUACGAAAAUGUCAAUCAAGUCUACAAGACUAAGUUUGGCACCGUAAUUUCACAAGGAGCUUUCACGGAUCUAAUUGUGUGCCUCACCGAAUUUUCCAAGAACUUGAAGUUCCAGAAGAAAAGCCUGGCUGCAUUGGAGCUUUUGAAAUCCAUCAUCCCAGCCAUGCUGAGGACACCGGAGUGCCCGCUGUCCCAAAAACACAGUCACGGAAAUGGGGGCGUAAAUUCCGAAACGUCACACAAGGCGUCAGAUGUGCCGAAACGCACGCAGCUGAACACAUCAGUCGAGGAGGGCUUCUGGUUUCCGGUCUUGUUUGCAUUCCAUGAUGUGCUCAUGACUGGAGAGGAUUUGGAAGUCCGCUCAAACGCCCUUGAAUACUUCUUCGCUGCCUUGAUAAAGUAUGGCGGUGAUUUCACGCCCGAAUUCUGGGAUAUUUUGUGGCGACAGCAACUGUAUCCAAUCUUCAUGGUCUUGAGAUCACGACCGGAAAUGACUAAUGUGCUCAACCACGAAGAGUUAUCUGUUUGGCUUUCUACAACCAUGAUCCAAGCGCUUCGCAACAUGAUAACUCUUUUCACGCAUUACUUUGAAUCUCUCGAGUAUAUGCUUGAUCGUUUCCUGGAGUUGCUGGCGUUGUGUAUUUGCCAAGAAAAUGACACGAUAUCUCGCAUAGGAAGCAAUUGCUUGCAGCAACUCAUUUUGAAGAACGUCACCAAGUUUACACAGGAGCAUUGGACGAAGAUAGUGGGUGCCUUUUGUGAACUCUUUGAGCGUACCACGGCGUACCAGCUGUUCACGGCGACAAGCAUGGGUUCCACAGCUGCUUUGUCUCUCCCUUCCAACGGAUUUGACUUUUCCGGCAGCCUGAGCCCUGCCGCUGAGACCCCCUCGGUCGAUGAGAAGUCGUUAAAGAUCAAUGGUACAGAAGAGCCUGGUGCUGUUGCCGAUGGUGAGCCUAUUCCUCGGCAGCCAUCGCCUAAACCCCUGGACGAUGAUAUGGAAGCGCCGGGUGGUGUUGCUGGCCAGCUACUGGAAGAAUUCAAGCCAUCAUCAAGCCUACAACAACAACCUGUGGUCGUAACGGCAGCCAGACGACGAUUCUUCAAUCGCAUAAUAUCUCGCUGUGUUCUACAGCUUCUAAUGAUUGAGACAGUCAACGAGCUAUUCAGCAAUGAUACUGUAUAUGCCCACAUCCCAUCAACUGAGCUGUUGCGCCUGAUGGCAUUGCUCAAGCGCUCGUUCCAAUUUGCCCGUCGCUUUAACGAAGACAAGGAGCUUCGCAUGAAGUUGUGGAGAGAAGGAUUUAUGAAACAACCACCCAAUCUACUUAAGCAAGAGAGCGGUUCUGCAGCAACAUACGUGUCUAUUCUAUUCAGAAUGUUUGCCGACAACGCGCCCGAGAGAUUGGAGAGCCGUCCUGACAUUGAGGCUGCCCUCGUACCACUCUGCAAAGACAUUAUUCAAGGCUAUUCUGCUCUGGCGGAAGAGUCACAGCAUAGAAACAUUAUGGCGUGGCGACCGGUCGUCGUUGAUGUUCUAGAAGGCUACGCAACAUUCCCAGAAGAUGCUUUCAAGUCUCAUAUCCCUGAAUUCUACCCCCUAGCUGUUGAACUCCUGACCAAGGACCUGAGCCAGGACCUCCGGGCAGCACUGCUUGUUGUUUUGAGACGUGUAGGCGAGGUUGCCCUCGGUAUAGAAGGCAUGUCCAAGGCAGGGGAAAAGAGGAGGGAAAGUAUCAUUAGCGACCGCGCGGACGAAGCCGGAGCUGGUCAAGAUGCAGCUGCCAUGAAGAUGUUGUAA